AUGACUCGGCGACACGCCUCCGGACUCGAUCGCCCUUGGGCGGCGCACAUGUAUGCGCAGCUGCCCGAGGAUAACCACAUUCCUCAAGCUCGAGCUCCACCAGCUCCAGCCCCAGCCCCAGCUCCGGCACCCACGACGACCGAUGCGCCCAUUCGCCCCGAGGAUUACUCUAGGCCCUACUGCGAGUUCAUGACCUCCAACCCGACCAUCUUCCACGCUGUCAGCUCCUUUGGCAAGCAGCUUGAGCAGCACGGCUACAAGUACCUCUCCGAACGGGCGGUGUGGAACGACGAGCUCAAGCAGGGCGGCAAGUUCUAUACUAGUCGGAACGGCAGCUCGCUGAUCGCUUUCAACAUCGGCAAGGAAUAUGAGAGUGGAAAUGGUGUGGCCAUUGUGGCUGGUCAUGUGGAUGCCCUGACAGCGAAGCUGAAGCCCGUCUCGAAGCUUCCUGUGAAGGCAGGCUUCCAGCAGCUCGGUGUUGCUCCAUACGCCAGUGGCCUGGGACCUACCUGGUGGGAUCGUGAUCUUGGUAUUGGUGGUCGUGUUCUGAUCCGCGACCCGCACACCGGCAAGGUCGAGAACAAGCUGGUCAAGCUGGACUGGCCGAUCGCGCGCAUCCCCACCCUUGCCCAGCACUUCGGUGCUCCGGCGAGCGGCCCGUUUAACAAGGAGACCCAAAUGGUGCCCAUCACCGGUGUCGAUAACUCGGAUCUGUUUGAAAAGCCAACAACCGAGAGUUCUGAUAUCCCAGCUGGAACAUUUGCCGCAACCCAGCCCGAGAAGCUGGUCAAGAUUAUCUCCAAGGAGAUUGGUGUGACGGAUUACAGCUCAAUCCUUGAGUGGGAGUUGGAGUUGUUCGAUACACAGCCUGCCCAGCUUGGUGGAUUGGAUAAGGACCUCAUCUUUGCGGGUCGCAUUGACGACAAGCUUUGCUGCUACGCCGCUCAAGAAGCCCUUAUUGCCUCUGAGGAUACCACCUCUACUGGAACUGUGAAGAUGAUUGGCAUGUUCGAUGAUGAGGAAAUUGGCAGUCUGCUGCGCCAGGGCGCUCGCUCAAACUUCAUGAGCAGCAUCAUUGAGCGUAUUACAGAGGCCUUUGCCAAGGAUAACUACGGCCCCAACCUUCUCUCACAGACCGUCGCCAAUAGCUUCCUGGUCUCCUCAGAUGUCAUCCACGCCGUGAACCCCAACUUCCUGAAUGUGUAUCUGGAAAACCACUCCCCUCGCUUGAACAUCGGUGUGGCCAUCUCUGCCGAUUCCAACGGCCAUAUGACUACCGAUAGCGUUAGCUGUGGCAUCCUGAAGACCGUUGCCGCUCGCUGUGGUUCCACCCUGCAGGUAUUCCAAAUUCGGAACGAUUCGCGCAGUGGUGGCACAAUUGGCCCCAUGACUAGUGCCCGCAUUGGUAUGCGCGCUAUUGACUGCGGUAUCCCCCAGCUAAGCAUGCAUAGCAUUCGUGCGACCACCGGUAGCCUGGAUCCUGGUCUGGGUGUCAAGCUCUUCAAGGGUUUCUUCGACUACUUCGAGGAAGUGGAUAAGCAAUUUGCUGAUAUCUAA